UGUUCCUCUCCGCCAAAAUCGAUUUUGGCAUAAAGAGGAACUUCUCCAGCACACUUUCCUCUUCGCGCAAAUAUACUCGACAGUUACUAGGGUUUCGAGUUCCCCGCCAUCUUCAACCCCUCUCCCUCUCUCUCUCUCUCUCUCUCAUCCACAAGCAAAAAGGCGAAUAAUUGUGCACACACACGUCAAAAACUCUUCAUUCGUCUCAACUCGUGGAGCCCGUGCCUUCUAAUGGCGAAAGUAGAGGAAAGUCCGCCAACCCCACUGGUUCCAAACCCGAGUCCGAACCCUAAUACCGACGAAGCUCGACAUUCUCAAGUUAGCUCGUCCCACCCGGACAACAAUGGCGGUUCGAAGAAGCCUCCUUUGUGCCCUAAGGACUUAAUAGUCUCAGUGGCUUCGAAGAUCUCGUCUCAGCCUAUCCACAACUCCGAUCCCAACGUCUGGGGUGUCCUCACCGCCAUCUCCAGCAGCGCCCGUAAGCGGCCCCAGGGCAUUAACAUGCUUUUGACUUCUGAUGAGCACUGCAUUGGCCGCUUAGUGGAUGAUGUGCGUUUCCAGAUAGAAUCGAAUGCAGUCAGUGGAAGUCACUGCAAAAUUUAUAGGAAGAGGGCUGCUACCGAAGAAGUGGAGCCUCCUUCCCUGUUAUGCAUGCCUGUCUUUUUCUUAAAAGAUACUAGCACAAAUGGAACGUAUCUAAACUGGGAGAAGUUGAAGAGGAGCAGCCCAGAAGCUAAACUCUGUCAUGGAGAUAUUAUAUCACUGGCAGCUCCUCCUCAACAUGAAAUUGCAUUCGCAUUUGUAUUUCGAGAAGUUCUCAGGUCCAAUGCCAUGACUGAUGGUGCAUAUUUGAAGAGAAAAGCAGAGGAGUUUGGCCCUGAAAGCAAGAGAAUUAAAGGCAUUGGCAUUGGUGCACCAGAAGGUCCUAUUUCUCUUGAUGAUUUCCGAAGCCUUCAACGGUCAAAUAUGGAACUGCGGAAGCAAUUAGAAAAUCAGGUCGUCACCAUUGAUUCUUUGCGCAAUGAAAAUCGUGCAGUUGUUGAGCGUUAUGAAAAUGAGAUGAAAGAUUUGAAAGAAUCAGUUGCAAAACCUUAUCUUGAUCAAUUGAAGGAGUUGCAAAAUGCAUCGGAGAUCAAACAGAAGGUGCUGGUGGAGGUUGAGAAAAUAUGUGCUGAACAAAAACAUGCUGUGGAGGACCUUAAUGAACAACUUAGUGCAUCAGUGCAGUCGUGCGCUGAGGCAAAUGAAAUACUAAACAGUCAGAAAGCGUCUAUUGCUGAACUCAAGGCACAAGUAGAUGAAGAGCGUGAACAAAGGAGAGAAGAACGAGAAAAGGCAGCUGUAGAUUUAAAGCUAUCAAUACAGAGAGUUCAGACAGAAGCCCAAGAGGAGCUGAAACGACUUUCGGACACUGCCUUGAGACGAGAAAGGGAACAACAAGAAGUAAUCAAUAAGCUUCAGGAAGUGGAGAAAGAAGGGUGCUUAUUGGUGGAAACUUUGAGAUCCAAAUUGGAAGAGACUAGGCAGAAAUUGGUUCUCUCCGACAAUAAAGUUCGCCAGCUAGAAGCCCAAAUUUGUGAAGUGCAACUAGCUUCUGCAAGCGAAAGAAAAAAAGUCGAAGAACUUGAGCAUGAAGCUGAAAAAUUGCGGAAAGAGCUCGAGAGUGAAAAGGCAGCACGGGAAGAAGCAUGGGCUAAGGUUUCAGCUCUUGAACUUGAGAUAAAUGCUGCAAUGCGGGAUCUUGAUUUUGAGAGGCGGAGGUUAAAAGGUGCCAGGGAAAGAAUCAUGCUUCGAGAAACUCAGCUGCGGGCAUUUUAUUCAACGACUGAGGAGAUAUCAAGUUUAUUUGGAAAGCAGCAGGAACAGCUGAAGGCAAUGCAGAGGACACUGGAAGAUGAAGAGAACUAUGAAAACACGUCAGUGGAUUUUGACCUCAACGUCACUCCUUACAGAGGGGAUAUAAAUGGAACACUAGCCAGAGAGAAGCAAGCAACAGCAAAUCAAAUCAACAGUGCUGAUAAUGCAGGCUCUGGUCCAUCAAUACGUAGGUGUGGUAGAAAUCAACUAGAUAAUACAUCUAGCGAUGAGGCUAGUGUUACAGAAAAGCAUGAUUGUGAUAUCAGAAGCCAAGAAGAUGCCCAAAACACCCAGGAAGCUGAAUUCACUAGUGCGGCGCAAAUUGUAAAGGGUGGUUUUGGUUCUGACAUUGAUGGUGUUGGUACUGAGCGAGUGCUUGAAACUGAAAGCCCAGGAAUUGAUGUCGACAGGAAUAUUGAUUUAAAUAAGGGUAGUGUGUUAGGUGGGGACACAAUGCAGAUAGAUGAUGAUGAUGCCCGUGUACAAGAUGCUGUGGAGGGGCUCCGAAUGAUUUCUGGGGAGAAUUCGCACAAUUCCCAGUCAAAUGACCCCUUGGAAGUUCAAAACACUAUGGAAGAAGAUACAGAAGCUGGCGGCACAAUCAGAACGUCAGAUCUUUUGGCUUCUGAAGUUGUUGGAAGCUGGGCUUGCAGCACAGCUCCUUCAGUCCACGGAGAGAACGAGUCUCCUAGGAGAGACAAUGAGUCUCCGAGAGGAGAGAAUGAUGAAGGUGGUGGUGGUGCAGCUUUACGGAAUUCCAGUUCUCAGGUGGCUGAGAGUCAAAGUAACCCAUCUUCUGAGGCUAAGAGGAAUCAUGAACGGCAAGCGCUGAGCGAGAUGAUUGGGAUUGUUGCUCCUGACAUGAAGGAGCAGUUUUCUGUUGCUUUUGGUAAUAAUGACAGUGGUAAAGAGAAAGUUCAAAAAGGCAGUGGCUCGAAUUCAGAUACCGAAGAUUGUAGUGACAAGGAUGAGGAUGAUAAUGUAGGGAAUACUGAAGGUGAAUCCAUAUCAGAUGUUGAGUCUAAGGGCAGUGACCGAGUUUAUGAAAACAAUAAAUCGGAUGAUGAUAUGAUAGAUGAAGAUGAUGAAGCUACUCAAGAAGAUUCUACCGGAUAGAAAAGGUAUGAAAGAUUGGCUAUGUGAGGUUUUAUGUCCAUGUUCUUGCAUUUGAUGUUCGGGGCUUUAAGCUGUAAAUAGAAGGGGCCUGUCUUGAAUUAGGUAUGUUAUUUGUGCCUCUCUCUCUCUCUGGGGUGACUUGGAGGUAUUUGGUUGAAGGCUUCAAUCCUGUCUUGUGUCUAAGAUAGUGGUGUAGAUGAGAUGUUGCUUUCGCUAUCUUUAUCUGAACUGACAUCUAUGGUAGUUGCGCUUGCACAGUUGCGCAAUUGGUAGAAAAUGAUUAAUAAACCCAACAACUUAGUAAUAGAAACCUUUCCGAAUUUUCAUGAUGUAAGACCAAGGGGGUUGGCUUUGCGGAUGACAUGCUCGCAUAACAGCCUUGAAGUCUGCCUUCUUAUAGCUGCGAGUCGCAGUCUUUGCUUUUACUAUUCUCCUACCAAUUGUUUAAAAGAAAUUGUUGUGAUACAUUAAUUCGUUUCAACUGGUUGUAUAGCUUAGGUAGUUUUUCAAGGUAAAUAUCAAGGAACACAGUAUUUGAUACGUACGUCUGUGAGUGAUCAUGGACUUCAUUCUGCAUUGAUCUCGAGUUUCAAAUGGAAUUUGCUCUUAUGGGCAGUUUUGAUC